AUGAACGGCUCGAAAUUGAUUAAAGUGCUUCGUAGAUACUCUCCCUCACUCUUUGAAACUCUACCUAAUCGACUGGGAUCUUUAAAAGGGAAGAGGAUAGUCAUAGAUGGCACUCAAUAUAUGAUAAAUUCUCGUCGUAUGACGGGUUAUGGCCUUUACAGUCAUAUAUUAGGAUGGUACUCGCUGGCGAAGGAGCUUUCAAACAAUAGGGUAUCUGCUAUUUGCGUCUUUGAUGGGGGUUGGGAAUAUAUGAUACAAAGACUUGCACCACAUAAGGAGAUCCUUCCGCUAGGCCAAGUUCCAGAUUAUUCCCAGUCAAAAACUGAGUGGUUAAAAGCUCGACGCGACGAAGAAAGGUCCACCUUAUCUUCAUAUCUUCGGCAUUGCAUGAAACUUUUACGUAGCAUGGGUAUUCCCUGUAUCGUAUCGACCAGGCCCGUCUCAGCAGAGGCCUUGGCUUCCUCGCUUGUUAUGAGCGGACAUGCUGACUAUGUCGCAGGUGACAACCCCGCUGCAUUGGUAUACGGCGCCCCACUUAUUCAAAAUCUGCUACCAAUGAUACCCGAUCCCAUAGAAGUCGUAGGAUUCCCGAAAAAGAGUAUCUACGGUACCCUCCGGAUGAGCAAAAUCACUUUAAUGGACCUGGAGAUACUUCUUCGGCCUGGUAGCAAUAGCUUUCCCUACCGCGUCGUCUUCACGCCUGACCAGGCAUACUACCUCAUUCGACGGCACGGAACAAUAGAAAACAUUUCCAACGCCCUACAGCUCGACAGAUCCUACCUUCCACCACAAAGCACCUUUGCUCUGCGUGAUGGCUACAUGGACCGCGUUAGGAUUGCACGCCGAUUGUUCGAGCUGCCCCCUUUGCCCCCGUACUCUGCGUUUCAACAUGUUGAGCCGCAUCCCGAAGUUACAAGCGAGUUUAUGAAGGAGCUCGAUAGCCAACUGGACCAGCUUAUUACGCCGAUGGAUUCAUACAAGAUGGAAUUAUCUUGA